CCCACAUUCCAGAGCUGGGUCUGAGCCAGUACACUUGGUGGGGACUCGCUCAGGAAGAUGUUCCUCUGCUGUAUCCCGCGAUGCCGAGGCCCAGGCCCCAGGAACCCCUGCUGUGGGCGCCUUGCCCAGUGGAGGGGACGCUCGGCCAGCCCUCACCCCCGACGCACCUGGUGCUCCUACCAGAGCAAGGCCAGGGGCCAGGACAAGUCAGCCCCAGCCCUGGCGCAGCACAGCGGGCUGGGCAUUGCCAGCAUCCUGCACAUGCACCGGCCGCCUACGCCGGAUUACCUGUGUGUGGUGGAGCAGUGGACAAACUUGUCCCCAGCCCAGGAGCCCCCGUCAGCGGCGUUCCCCAGCAAGCACAAACCACGUGAGGUGGCGCUCAGUCCCUCAGUGCUGGUGACAGCACAGGUGGAGGCCUGGGGGCCCCCAGAGGCCCACCUCCCAGUGGGGGCAGUGGGGCCCGAUGGCUCUGCCUGUGCCGGAGCUGAGACAAGACCAGAGUCAGCCCUGGCCCCAGACCUCGGAGCUGGGGCGCCUCCACAGAGCCCUGACCUGCCCCCAGAAGCCCCGCUGGAGCUGUGUCUGCCCCUGGCAGAUGAGCAGGUGGUCGAGGAAGCCCUGGGCACAGCCACGCCCUCGGUCACCGAACUGCUUCCAGUGGUGGCCCUGGCCGGAGAGAAUGCUGCAAAGGAGGCCCUGGAGCCAUGGGUGUGGGGGGCAGCUGAGCCAGAGCCCAGUGUGUCCCCAGCUGCCGCCAGGGACGCUGCAGGGGCAGCAGAGGCAGCUCUGGCCCCGCCCCCAGCCCCAGCUCCUGAAGUCCCCCCUGCCCCACCCCCAGUGCAAGACCCGUCCCUCCCCUCCCCCAUGAUCGUUUACUAUUCCGUACUCAUUCCCGUUUUCCUCAUGUUCUGCUCCAUGUUUACUGCGCUGCUCAAUAAAAAGUAGCCUGCU